CAUUGCAUUCUGUUCCCGAAAGUUAAGAACCCGAAAGUUAAGAAAGGGGGAAAAAGAACUGACAUUGCAUUCUCCGUUCAGCGACGGAACUCCCACGCCCGCCCUCUCAAUAGCUUUAUUUUUUUCCUUCACAUUUCUAUUUUUGGCUCUCUGCUCCUCCCUCCUGUUCUCUCAGUUCAUCGUUUUUCUGCUUAUUUUUCUUCAUAUCGUCCAGUUCUACCCAUUUAUUGUAAUUCGACGCUUGCUAUUCUCGCUUCCUGAUCCGUCCUUCGCAGCCGCAACCACCUAUUAGAGGUUCUUCUUCUUAACUACCUUUGUUUUCUGCAGAUCGUCUCUACUGCAGCCUUGAUAUCUUACCUGUAAGGAUGAAAAAGAGUUUUUAUGGAUUGAGGGGUAAGGAGUUAUCUCUGGUAACCAUUGCCUUGAUGUGCAUGGUUAUUAUUAUGUUGACAUGGGAGAAAACUCCACUUCUCAGUACCUUUCCUCCACCUCAAACUCGGCUGCAAUUUUCUUCAGAUAGUCUGGCAGGUACAUUAGUUAGUGCAUCUCAUUUGGAGCAACAAGGACAUGCUGAUGAAUACAUUCCCUCAUUUGAAGAUAAAAACACUGUAAAUAACCAAGAAGUUGGUAGGGCUUUUUCUCACAGUUAUUCAAAUGAUGAGGACACAACAUCUUUCCAGAAUAAAAGAAUUGCUGUGGGUUCCAGAGGAGCUACACACAAACAAAUAGUGGAACUAAGAACUGAUGGAAGUUCAGGAAGUCCAAAAGAAAUGAUAGAAGAUGAAACAAUACGCAACCAAAUCGUGGUAGAAGAAGGUGUAGAGGCUCUGAGAAAGAAAGAGGUUUCGAAACCAAAACUAUUAGAAGUUGAUGAAAAAAUAAAACAGGUAGUUGAAGAAAAUUAUUCAAGACAAGGAAAACAAAGUGUUGAUUCAGUUUUGCCAAUUGCCUACAACGUCAGCAAAGUAGAUGAAAAAUUGGAAAGGGAUCAAGCCUGCAAUUAUGCAAAAGGAAAAUGGGUUGUAGAUGAGAAGCAGCCUCUGUAUUCUGGAUUUGGCUGCAAGCAAUGGCUCUCUGGAAUGUGGGCUUGCCGUUUGACCCAACGUACAGAUUUUGCCUAUGAAAAACUUAGAUGGCAGCCAAAAGGCUGUGAAAUGGAAAGAUUCAAAGGUUCCGAGUUCCUGAAAAGGAUGCAAGACAAAACUCUAGCUUUUGUUGGAGACUCUUUGGGCCGCCAGCAAUUCCAGUCCCUAAUGUGCAUGGUCACAGGUGGUGAAGAGCAGCUUUUCGUAGAUGUGGGGAAGGAAUUUGGCCUGGUCUUGGCUCCUGGUAAUACACGCCCUAAUGGGUGGGCAUAUCGAUUCCCAAGCACCAAUACUACAAUACUCUACUACUGGUCAGCUAGCCUCUGCGAUGUGGAGCCCUUGGAUAUAAGAGAUCAAAACACUGAUUAUGCCAUGCAUCUUGAUCGGCCACCUGCAUUCUUACAGCAAUAUAUUAACAAAAUUGACGUGUUGGUUCUAAACACAGGGCACCAUUGGAAUCGGGGAAAGCUCAAGGCCAACCGCUGGGUGAUGCACGUGGGUGGUAAACCAAACAUUGACAGGAAACUUGCAAUGAUUUGGAGUGCCAAGAAUUUAACCAUCUAUAGUAUCGUCAACUGGGUGAACUCUCAGCUGCCAAAGUACCCAGGUUUGAAAGUUUUUUAUCGAACAAUUUCACCGAGGCACUUUGUGGGUGGAGAUUGGAAUACAGGAGGAAGUUGUGACAACACGAGACCCAUGUCUGUAGGGAAGGAAGUAUUACAAGAUGAAUCUAGUGAUGAAAGUGCUGCAGGUGCAGUGAAGGGGACGGGGGUUAAGCUUUUGGACAUAACAGCCCUUUCGCAGCUUAGGGAUGAGGCUCAUAUAUCUAAAUACAGCAUAACAGCCAAAGCUGGUGUUCAAGAUUGCCUCCACUGGUGCCUACCAGGCGUUCCCGAUACAUGGAACGAAAUUUUGUUUGCACAAAUUUAGUCCCAUCCCAUAAUAAAUCGCUGUGUCUGGUAAACCACCCAUGGCCUCAGGAGGCUGUUCGUCCGCCGUUGAGCAGUAGGGGUUUGAAGAAGUGGCUCCAAAGAGUUCGAGUGUCUGAUUUUCAUCUAGUCUAAUUAGUACGGUGGAAAGUUCAUCUUUUUUUUUCAAUAUUGUACAGACCAUAUGAAUUCCUAUGGUUACGCAUAAAUAUAUUUAAACAUUCUGAUGAUGAUGAUGAACGCUAAUAGUUAUGGUUGACUGUAA